CCCGGCGCAUCAUUAAUACAUGCAGGGUGUGGUUCAGCAGACAGGUGUAGAAAGCACCGCAGUUUAAAAGUGGAUGCGUGUCAGAGAGACUGGUCUAUUUUACGCGCUACAGACAAAAAGGAAGCCUAACCAGAACAAAGGGUUGUAUUUUUAACCACUGUAGUAAACUAAGAGGGAAGCGUUCCUCGACAAAGUUUCUAAACGAUUUACCUGACAACAGGUGCGGACCGACAACACAAAGCUACUGAAGAAGAAAAAGGACUUCUUACAGGAAGAAGUCUUUGUCGAUAGAAAUAAAACAACUUAUUUUACUUUAAGGGCUUUUAAGAAAAGAGCCUAUUUCUCUUUUUUUUGCUUUUUGGUUGUUUGUCCGCGCUUCAUUCAAGAUGGCUAACUCGGGUUUGCAGAUCUUAGGGUUUUUUCUGGCUGUCAUCGGCUGGAUCGGACUCAUAGUCGGCACGAUUUUGCCUCAGUGGAAAAUGUCGGCUUAUGUAGGGGAUAAUAUUAUAACCGCCAUCGCCAUGUACCAGGGGCUGUGGAUGUCGUGUGCGUUUCAGAGCACGGGGCAGAUUCAAUGCAAAGUGUACGACUCCAUUCUCCAGCUGGACUCGGCGCUCCAGGCCACACGAGCCCUCAUGAUUGUCAGCAUCAUCGUCUCUGUGAUCGGCAUGGGCGUCAGCACCAUGGGCAUGAAAUGUACCAACUGCGGAGGAGACGACAAGGUGCGCAAGGCUCGCAUCGCCAUGGUCGGGGGGAUCGUCUUCCUCAUCGGGGGGCUGGCAGCGUUGAUUGCAUGCGCCUGGUUUGCAAACCGGAUCAUUAAGGAUUUCUACAACCCCUUCACUCCCGUCAACACCAAGUAUGAGUUUGGCUCUGCUAUCUUCAUUGCCUGGGCUGGAUCCUUCCUGGUCAUCCUGGGGGGUUCUUUGCUCGCCUGCUCCUGCCCCCGAAGGACCGGAGGUGCGCGCAAGUACCCCAGAACCAAAUCCGGACCUCCCAGCACCACCAAGGAAUAUGUGUGAGUGCCCUCUAGGGGUGCAGCACUGGUACAGCAGGAGGAAGUGCCCUGCAGGGGUGCUAUCGCCACAGCAACACCAUUUUUUUGUAGUUCUGCAAUAACUUUACCAGACUGAAAUUUUUCCCCCAAUUUUAUUUUCAUAUAAACACUUUUUGAAGUUCAAACCAGGCUGCACUUGCUAUAGCUUGAACCCAAAGCUGUGUGUUAAACAUUCAUUAAAAAAAAAAUCACUUAAUGUAGUAAGUAAAGGUUGUGAGCAUUGUCUGCUGUGUUUUUUUUUUUUUUUUUUCUUUUAAAAAGUCAAAUAGACCAGGCAGGCCUGCAUGUGCCUUCUAUAUGACUACAAAACACAAAUCCGGUAUUGUGUAUAUUCCAUAAGCUUCCCAGUGGCUUUAUAGGGAUCAAUAUUCACCCAGAACUCGUAACACUCAGAUGUAGAAGACCUGUUUCUUUACCUCAUUAAUGUUACACACUUGGUCAAACAUGCCUGUGAAGGCACAGCCAAACCAUUUACUGCUCCCUGUAAUGAUGAUGCUUUGAGAUACUGACACCCUAAAAAUGAUUUCAUCUCUGUGAUGUCAACGGGCUUAGAAAAAAUCUCUCCUUGUUUUUGCUCAAAAUAUUUUCAGUUUAACUCAAGAGAAGUUGAUUUUAUUUGUUUACUUCCUGUUGGUGUUACAGGUAAUACAGCCCCACUUCCUGUGCCUCUCCUAAAAAGUACAGCACAAACGUUGGGCUGCGGCUGGGGUUCUGUUGCCUUUAACACAGGAAAGUUAGCUUGCAUUUUCUUGUAGUGUAAAUCUGUUACUGGAGAGUUGUUUUUUAAAGGGUACAUAAGGAUCUUUUUAUUUUAUUGUUACAUGUUCCCAUGUGUUGCUACUUAACUGUUUACGUAAGGUGUGUGUUUAAAUUAUUUUUUGCAUUACCUGCCUCAAGAUGGCUUCCCAUGUACCCGCAUGGACCUCUCAGAACUACAUUUCCCAUCAUUAUUUCUUUAUUUAGCAGACGCCUUUAUCCAAGGAGACUUGGAGACUAGGGUGUGUGAACUAUGCAUCAGCUGCAGAGUCACUUACAAUUACGUCUCGCCCGAAAGACGGAGCACAAGGAGCUUAAGUGACUUGCUCAGGGUCUCACAGGUGGGAUUUGAACCGGGGACCUCCUGGUUACAAGCCCUUUUCUUUAACCACUGGACCACACAGCCUCCUACUCAGUGGUAAAUCCAUCUGUUACAUAUGUGAGCAGGAGGAUGAUGGGAAAUGUAGUUCCAAGAGGUACAUGGGAAGCCAUCUUGAUGCAGGGAAUGCAAUUUUAAAGUGGUCAAUGUGGAAAAAAAAGUUAAAACGAUACACAAACCUUACGUAAACAGUUUUAGCAACACAUGGGAACACGUAACAUAAUGAAAUAAAAAGGUCCUCAUGUACCCUUUAACUGGGGUAUGUGAUUUGUAAAUCUGUUUUGGGAUAUUGAGACUGACAAUAACCCAAAACAUGCAUAAAUAUAUCAUUUGAGUUGUGUGUGGGUUUUUUAAAUUUAUUUAAACUAUAUACUGUAGUGGGGGAGGUGCUUUGUGUUUUUGAGAGGGUGGCUGGUUGAAAAAUGAGGUGUGUAAAUAUCAAAUUCUGCUUGUAUUCUUAAUGCAUACUGCUGUUUUGAUUUGUACUGUAAUAUCCCCCACGUUGCCAUUUUUAGAAAGCUCCUUUUUUAAACAAAGGAUAUAGAAUAAAAGUGAGUUGUAUCUGGUUUUAUUUAACUUUUUUUUUUAAAAUAAACAAACCUGAAAUGUGUGUGCCUUUUUGAUAAAUAAAAUGUUUUCAGGUUA